AUGCUAUAUAUUAAUUUUCGAGCAUACGAAAAGAUGAUUGAUUUACUGUCGUCAGGAUUUACUUCUACUUUACGAGAAGGCAAUUCUACGAAAAAUAAGUACCAAGCACGAGCGGAUGGCCAUUCUCAAAAUGUUUUGGCAACCGUGGCCAAAGCUCGGACACUGCGAAAAGUGGAAGAGACAAAAGAAGAGCUAACAAGAAUUACUCAGAGGAUAAAUUCGACUUUAGCAUCGUAUGAAAUCGAGAAUGCUGAAAAUAAUAGAAUACUCAAAGAUUCUAAUAACAAUAAUAUGGAGUUUGUGAAAGAUCCUGAAGAAUUACUUAUUUUACUAUCGGAUUCGGUCAAAAAGAAACGUUAUCAGCAGCAAGUUACAGUAUUUGUUGUCGGCUUUGAGAGGGCAUGCGAUGAUCGUAUUAAGUUACUUCAUCAAAUCAACGAGUUUUUUCAAGAACACUCGACAAUACCGAUAUUACAGGAUGGCCAAGAUUCUCCUCGUCCUGAUAUAGAUUUAGAGGAAGUUUCCACACGUAUUGCAGAUGCUUUAACUUCAGCUAAUGCAGCUGCUGAGAGACUAUUAACCAUUAACCAUGAUAUGAUCAAUCAUUUGGCGAUACAAAAUACCAAAGAAUCGAAAAGGAGUAAGAAAAAGCUAGAGAAAUCUUUAGCCCAAACUCGUGAUGAUCUUAUUAGUUUAACAACAAGACUCGACGAUACGCAAAUAAAAGUCCAAGAGAAAGAAAAGAAAAUUAAGGAAUUAACAUUAGUAACUGAUGCUAAAGAUAAGGAAAUUAAAAAAUUGACUAUAAUGAAUGACACAUUAAAGAGAGAUGCAACUGCGGUGGAUGAUCUUCGAGAGCAAAAUGAGGUUAAAACUAUGGCGCUACAGAAAGCCCGACAGCAAAUUGAGGAUAUGAAGGCUGCGAGUAAAGCUGAAGAAGCAGCGGAAAAAUUCCUUGAAAAGAGAAGAUUAAAAGUGAGAUUAUCAAGUCAAGCAUCAAUGGAUGGUAUCAGUACGCAAAUGACUUCUCCAAAUCAAGAUCGCCAAACAACGAUUAGAGAUCGGCAAAUCUUAAUAGAUGAAGUUAAGGAGAAAACUAAGAAAGAUCUAGAAACAAAGCAUCAACGCACUAUUGAAGAAUUAAAAAAGGAGUAUUCGCAGGAGCUGAAAAAGGUGCAAGAUGAACAUUCAAAAAAGUUGCACGAGAGUAUCGCUACUCAAGCUCCAAGCCCGGAGAAGCAUAGCACACCCAGAAAGGAUAGUGAACCUGAGCGCACAAGGCGAUGGAUAACUCCAUCGCCUGAAAUGGAUGCCCGCAGUGAAAGUCCGUCAAUGAAUGAUCCAAAUAGACUCUCUCCCGAGCCUAGCUCCCAUCGUCGUCGUAAAUCGUCAUUUAACCGUAAGAAUUCUGCCGCUUCUUCUACUACUAGAUCCAGAAAAUUAUCACGAACGAAAUCAAUGGCGAAAAUCACAAAGUCUACAGUUAAGAAAAUUAAAGAUGGAGAUGGAGGCAGCGGCAGCGUUGCAGAUUCACGCCGGAGUAGUUUAGCUACUGGUAUUGUUAUCGAUACAAAUAUUGAUCCCAAGAGUAGAGGUUCACAAGCAGAUACUGGAUCUGUGGUCGAAUUAGCUCAUAAAUUGAAAGGAAUUGGUAAUAAAGAAUCUAAAGGAAAGGAAGAAACUGGCCAACAAGAGCAAGCCCAAGUUGGUGACACUGGCGAUAAGAAGAAUGUUUCAGAAGAGAAAAGUGUUGAGGCAAAGGAAUUGCCGCAAAUUAAUCGACGUCAGUCUCAGUUGGAAUCGAUAUUGAGUGAUUUGUUGCAAAAUAAGGAUAAAAGCAAGAAAAAAGGCGGUAAAGGUCCUGAUGGAUCUUUAAAGGGCAAGAAAAGUAAAAAGAAUCGACGCAAUAAUAGCAAAAGUCAAAAUUCAUCUUCUAAUUCUUCGUCGCCUAAUACCUCGCCAACACCAAGCCAACCUCGAUCAAAUUUCUUUCGGCGGGCUACUUCAGAAAGUGACUUAGAUUUAGUAUCGGAAAUCGAUGAAGAAGAAGCCGAGUGGGAUGAUAUUAAUCCUGAAGAAUUACCCGAGAAAUUUAAAGAAUAUCGCACUAUGUCGGUAUCGAAGAGGAAAGAUGCGCUAAAAAAAAUGGAAGCAAUGAAACAAAGGUAUCAGAAACAAAUUGUAGCCCUAAAAGCGCAAAAUCUCAAUGAUAGAACUAAAUAUGGCAAGGAAAAGCAUGAUUUAGAAGAAAAAUUGAAAAAGAGCGUGGAGAUGUUAUCCAAAGCAGAUCAACUGGCCGGAAAUGAGGUCCAGAAACUGGAGGAACGCUUACAAUUAAGAGAGAAAUGGAGAGCUACUGUCUCUGAUAUGCUGUAUGAAAAUAAUCCAGGAAGCACGAAUAUCGAUGAUAUCAUCAAUCAAGGAAGUAGUAUUCUAAGUCCAGAGCACAGCUCCAGAGCAACUCCUCAUCGCAGUGCUGGAAGUAACGCUACAGCUAGUGAUUUGCCAUCUAUUCCUCCAGGUAGUGCAAGGAGUCCACUGGUAGGUAAGCAGGAAGUUACAGUUAAAGGCGCUGGUGAAUUCCCUAAAGUAGAGAGUUUAGUUGCUCUUCAGCAAGAAAAAGCGACUGAAGCUAUUAUAUCAAACCAAACAGGAUUUGCAACACAAAUGGCUGGUAUACAGCCAAUUGCUUCUAUGAGUACAUUUGUUCCGGGGAUAAACGCAACUAAUUUCCAGACAGCAGGGAAUGGAAAUGCAAAUAGUAUGACUAAGCAAGCUUUAGAGUACUUUCAGUUUCCAAAACCAAGCGGAGAACUUCAGGACGAUACUGUUGCAAAGUACUCUACUUAUUCAGCAAAAGAUAUUGAAUCGAUCCCUGCUGAUGUGCAAUUAACUGCUAGUCAGAUUUUACGUGAAGCAUUACGACAAAUUCCAUCGAAUGUUCCAAAUGAAACUGCAGUAAAAUUAGUUUCUCAAAUGACAAGCAUUCCAGUAGAAGUGGCAGUGCAAAUUUUAGCUCAGAAUUCAUCAGUUUUGCAAAGUCGACCUCCUAGUAUUCCACAGCAAGCGGAAGCGCAAAAAAAUACAUCGCAAACGCAGAAUAGCCAAGUCAUUCAUACUAGUGAUUUACCCAAUCACGCUAUGAAAAUUAGUAAUAGAUUUGGUCAAUUAACUAUGGCAGAUAGAGGAAUCAUUGGCGAUGCACGGACUCAACUUGCUGCUCCCAGUCAAAGUAAUGAUCCUGAUAAAAUAAAUCAAAUAAAUAAUAUGACUUUAACAGGAGAUAAUUCGAAAUUGCUCGAAAACAUUGGACGCAUUCGUGCAUUUGAAUUAAAUCAAUCAGUUGGAGGUAAUGCAAGCGCGUUGGGACAGGCAACCAAUUCGCAGCAAGCCAAACAAAAUGUUGCCCUCCGUGAUGUUAACUUACAGUUUGCACGAUAUAUUGAGGGUAUGUCUAAUAAAUAUGCUCAUGCUCAAGCAAGUAAUCAAGGACAAGCGUCGACUGAUGUUUUUCCUGAUGAUUAUCCUCGCAAUAUUGAUGUUGCUCAGUUAUCACGAGAAUUACCUCCUCUACAACGUUCUCCUCGUAAGCCAAGUUCUAGCAGUUCUCAUCGGCGUUUUGAUAGCAAUAGUCGUCGAUCGCCUCAAGAGCACCGCAGAGCUGCAACUGCCGAUAGUCCAGGACGUUACGGGACGAAUAAUCGAAUGAAUCAAAUUUUAGUCGAUCCAACAACAGGUUUACCUCUUGAAACACCUUAUGGCGGUAUCUUAGAUAGGUCGAAUAUGCCUUAUGAUGGUGCUGCGGAUAAAUUGCGUAAGAAUGAUCCAGGACGUCCAUCCAGUGUUCAGAAAAAUAGGGUUGCAUCUGCAGGUAAACCAGUUACAGCAGUUGCAUUUGAUUCCUCAGCUGGCCAAGGUAGCCUGCCUAGUAGAGCAUCAGGCACAGAGGAUAGCACAACAGGCAAGCCACUGGAGACAUUUUCUAUUGGCGAAUUUAAUCUACCUGAGUAUAAAUUACCUUCCUAUGAACAUUACGUUCCACAAUAUACUGAAAUUGAUUACAACGUUUCCACUAAUUUGAACUUGGAUAACAAAACUUAUAGUGGUAUUACUUCUGUACCAACACGGCAAAUUUCUCCCUUACUUUCUGAACAUCCUGCCGUAGACGAGCUAUUGAAAAGCUAUCAAUUCGUCAUAAAAUUUAAAGAUAGCUUAAGUGGUUACUUAAAUGAUCAAGACUUUUACUCUGCUGCACAAUCACUUCGAGAUAUUCAACCGGUUCAGUUUAGCAAGGACGAAAGAAUUGGUGAACAAGUUACCGUUAUACGUUGCCACGUAGAAUUAGUACUAAGUCAAAUUCAACAAAUUAUUGUUGAUAACUUGGUUAGCACACUUUCCACAUUGAAACAAAAAGCCAUGGAGCCUCCGAUACUAGUGCCUCAGAUUCCUGAAAAAGCUGAUGAAAGUGAACUGAGGGAAUUAGCUGAGAAACUUCAAAAUGAACUUCUAAAUCAGUUUGACCUCCGUCAAAAAGAGCUGAAUGCAAGUUCAACAACGAUUUCAGAAAUGCAACGUGUUAUAACUCAAUUAAAAGCGGAAAUUAGAAAUUCUGAAUUACCUCCCAGAGCAAUUACGCCGAAAGAAGCACGAGCAAUCAUUGGAAAUCGAAAAUCUAGCACGCUAUCAUUAUCACCUCGAACUAGUCCAAGUGAUCAUAAAGAAGCACCGACUACUUCUGCUUCACCAAUUAUGUUUACUCGUAAAGAUGCUGAAAGAAACGCGAAAUCGUUAAAACGAGCUCUUAAUAUUGGUAGUCUAUCGGAAAAUGCCUAUAAGGAAUCUAUGAAAGGCAUGGAUAAUUAUACAUCAUUACCUGGAAAGCUACUAGCGUGUCUUGUUAACAAAUACACCCAUCAUUGUCAGAUGAAAAACUUAGAAGGUACUUUAAGGCGUAAAAAGGAACUCGAUGAUAACACUUUAUUUCUCUUAUCCAAAAUGGAAAAAUUUCAAAGCAAGAGAGCUAGCAAAUGGAGCGAAAAGAUAGAAAUUAUGACAUCACAAAGGCUGCAACUGGCGGAAUUGUUAACAUCAACGUUUGACUCCAUUGAACAAAAUAAUAGCAUAUUUUUAAUCAAGCCUGCAUUUACAUAUAAGAGCAAAUUAAAAAGAUUUGUAGCCGAAAAAAUUUCCGACAACAUUGCUAAAACUAAUUACGAAACUGACCCACCUGUUGCUAUAAUGGGAGCUAGAUCACUGCCAGGUGGCUCACGAAAUGCUGUUGCCAAUAUGCCGUUUGUAACAUCGCAAUUAAACAUUCCUGUAGAUAGCCAAAAUGCUUCAACACUGACGAGUAAGAGUGGCACAUGGCAGGCAUCAUCAUCGCUAGUUACUUCUGAUGAUUUAAGUACAGUAGUCAGUAGCGUUCCGAAGCUAUUGGAAAUGGACAUUAAACGUUCUACCUAUGAUACGAUUGGAGUAAAGGAGGAAAUAUCCGAACAACGAAACGAAAAUGGACAGAGACGUUCUAACCUAGCAAAAUCUCCUGCUGCACCCUUAAUACAUGGCUAUCAUUUAAAUCGAUCACAGGUUUUACCUGCGGUUGGUAUGGAAAAAUCUGCCCAGAAUAACACAAGAGAUAUUGUCGAUAGUCUCCCUACGAUUAUUAAAAAUCGUCCAAGCAUCACUAGUAGCAUUAACGAAAGAAUAUCAACAGGAACAACUACUGCAUCGCAAUCAAUUGAUUAUACAAUGACGGAAGAAAGUUCAGAAGAAGAGGAAGAUAAUGAAUUGAUCCACUCAGCUACUUAA